AUGCCUUCUGCAGUCAACAAGCCUGCUCCUGGAGUCUCGUUCUUCUCUCCUUACCAGGAGACUCCCUCUGGAACGGCCUUAUCCAAGGACAAGCCAAUCCCAAGCCUCUUCCAGCCUCUCACGAUCCGCGGAGUUACCUUUCAGAACAGAAUCUUCCUGUCUCCGAUGUGCCAGUACUCUGCUGUCGAUGGACAUAUCACACCCUGGCAUACAGCUCACUACGGCGGUAUCAUCACCCGUGGACCAGGUCUUUCUAUUAUCGAGGCCACCGCGAUUCUUGCCAAUGGACGUACCUGCCCCGAAGAUCUAGGCAUCUGGUCUGACGACCACGUUCGCACUCUCACCCCACUCGUCGAGCUCGCCCACUCUCAGUCUCAAAAGAUCGGUAUUCAGCUUGCCCACGGAGGGCGUAAAUCAUCUACUGUCGCCCCUUGGCUUUCUGGGCAGGCUUUAGCCGACGAGAACGUCGGAGGAUGGCCCAAUGACGUGAUUGCUCCGUCGCCCAUUCCGUGGGCAGCGGAUUAUGCCACCCCCAAGGAAUUGUCUAAGGAUGAUAUCACGGAUUUACUCCAGGCAUACAAAGACGGCGCACUGAGAGCUGUGAAAGCUGGUUUUGAUGUUCUUGAAAUCCAUGCGGCGCAUGGAUACCUCCUGCACGAGUUUUUAAGCCCAGUGAGCAACCAGCGCACAGAUGAGUACGGAGGAUCUUGGGAGAACCGUGUCAGGUUAAUUCUGGAGAUUGUCGACGCAGUCAGGGGGGUUAUUUCACAGGAUAUGCCCCUGUUUUUCAGGAUAUCCGGCUCUGAGGGCCUAGAAUACCUCGAUAUACCAUCCUGGUGCUCUGAAGAUACCGUCCGUCUUGCGUUCUUGCUCAAAGAGCAUGGCAUCGACUUGCUUGACGUAUCGUCUGGCGGGAACUCCUCGCAGCAGCGCAUUAAGGGCGCCCCAGCGUACCAAACUCCCCUCGCUCACGCUGUGAAGCAGGCAAACAUCCCAGGGCUUAUCGUCAGCACCGUUGGAAGCAUUACUAACGCAACACUUGCUCAGAGUAUCUUGGACGACGGCAGAGCGGAUGUCAUACUUGUUGGCAAGGGAUUCCAGAAGAACCCUGGUUUGGUAUGGGCUUGGGCAGAAGAGCUGGGGGUUGACGUUGCCAUUGCGAACCAGAUAUACUGGGGAUUCUACGACAAGUUCCGGGACGUGCUGCACCAGGCUAUACAGGAAGGUCUUCGUGAGGGUGUAGACGAGGUGCAGCAGAAUGGCGCGACUCAACUACAGAACGGAUGGAUGCAUAUACAUGACGAACGGAAUAUCCCACCAUUAGGACGCAUUGGCGACCCGGAUGACAUUGUCGCUUCGGUUCUCGUCGAGAACGGGAAUAUACUGGCCAACACAUACCAGCCCAUGCCGGCCUAUCGUUUCUGCACCUCCCACGGUGUCAUCCAAUUAACGCCUGGCCUGAGCCAAAAGCUUAGGACUCUCCUCGAACAGCUUGGCGCGUAG